UUCAUCUCGGAGAUGGCUGAGAAGCAGCUCGAACUGAUUGAGGCCAGGAAGGUGGCCCACCCCAUGGAGUCCCCCAUACACAGGCGCUUGCUCAGCGAACUGCUGCUCACGCACAAAUGGGGACUGUUGCCAGGGGAGAGAUCAGAACUUGAGAGAGUUCUAGAUCAGAGGAGACUGGAGAAGUGCCGAGAUCAGGACCAGCCCGUGUCAGACCUGGAGAUGGAGCUGCGCAAGCACAGGGAGAGGCUACUCACAUAUGAGCUGGAGGAGCAGAGACGCAGGGAGAAUCAGCGGAACCUUCCAGAAUUUAUCCGAGUGAGGGACAACCUCAGGCACAUCCAAGUGUCGGGCCACUUACAGAACACACACACACACACUGCAAGAUCAAGAAGACACUACAGAUCAGGAUUAUGCUGAG